AUGGGAAAGCCGGUUGUUUUUGACAUGGAUAUGAGUGUUGGGGACUUUGUAGCUCUUUUUUAUCUCCUGAAACUACCUGUGGAACUCAUCAACCUAAAGGGAAUAUUGGUAACUUCAACUGGUUGGGCAAAUGCUGCAACGAUAGAUGUCAUAUAUGAUGUACUGCAUAUGAUGGGCCGUGAUGACAUUCCAGUUGGUCUAGGGGACGUAUUUGCCAUUGGCCCAGAAGAGCCUGCAUUCCCUAUAUUGGAGAUUGCAAAUAUAGGAAGGCCAUCCCACUUGGCAGUGGUGGCCUUUUGGACUCUGAUACACUCUAUGGUUUUGCUCAUUACUUGCGUCGCAGUCCUAGAAGUUACUAAGGAAGAUGAGAUUCAGUAUGUUCGUCUAGACUAUAAAUACGAUAGGGGAGUCAUAACAAUGGAAAAUCCUGUAAGAAGCGAAAUGCCUUAA